GCCAGCCUACCCAGCGUGCAACGGGCGCGGCGACGGUGUUGAGUCGAGUCCUUGUGGGAUAAACAUUCACUUCUCGACGGGCGUAACCCUCUUUGGCCGUGCCAAAUUUUCCAGUGGUGCGGACGCUGGCGUGAUUGCGGGCCGAAAUUGGAGUGCGCGGUGCGCGGCUUGGCCCCGGCGGUGCGAGAGAGAGGCGCGGUGAAGGCCGCGGACACCGCGACGACGGCGACGGUCCGCGCGAGAAAACUGCUUGACGGCCGCGGGCUGCCCUGGGCCGGCUGGCUGCUGCUGACGUAGGGAUGUGGAGAGUUGGAAAUAUCGGCGAGUUUACCGCGGCCGGGUCGCGGCUGCCGACUGGGAAACGCUGAGGUCGUCGCCGGAGGGCCGCAGGGCCGGCCAGGCUGGUGCAGUGCUGCAGUGUGUGCUGUGAAGUGCGUCUAGUCGGACUCGCGAGUGCAGCGGUUCGGAUUCCUCGGGCAAAGCCUACUUCCAGUGGUGCGACGGACGAGACGAGCCGCUCGGCUGUGCCGCCGCUUGUUUGGCCUUUUGGCGUUUUGCUGCGAGUCGUGCCGCUCGGACGGAUACCUUGGAUACUCGCCGCACUGGACGCCGGCGAUCUGCACCGCGCUGCGUUCGGCUGCGUUUUGACAUGGAUUUAGGAGAGUGCUACAGGAGGCCGGUCUUGAUAUGCCGCAGUACUCCGCCGGCCAGUCCGAGUUCCAGUCCGAGUUCCACCCCGAGUUCACGGUGCUUCCCCCCACCAACGGGCAUGUGACGGGCCCCGACGGGUCGCUCCCAAUGUCCGUGCCUUCGGACGCCACGCUCGUGUCGCGCACGCAGAAACAGCAGACGACGCAGCAAGUGACGACGGUGACCAAGGUGGUGCGCGAGGUCCACGCCGUGGGCCCUGACGGCCAGCCCGUGGACUAUGUGCCCAUGCCGGCCGGCUACGCCUAUCACAUGGCAGGGCAGGAGCCCUAUCCCCCCGGCGACGCGGCGCGGCACUAUGCCGGCGACCCGUACCGCCCUUCGUACGCGGCCUAUGAGCAUUACCCUGCGUACGGCAGCACCCAGUACGGCCAGGGCAGCCAGCUGGGCAGCCAGGGCAGCCAGGGCGGGCCCGGGUCGGGCACCGGGUCCUACCCGUCGUACCCGCCCACGGCCUAUAGCGACGCGGGCAACUACGCGGAGCAGCCGCCCUACGGCGAGCCGCCCUACGGGGAACCCCCCUACGGGGACCGCCUCGGCGACCGGCCCCCCACUCCGCCCUCGCCGUCCGACCGCAGCGAGUCGCCCCCGCCCCAGCAGCACGACUAUCUUCGGAAAGGCGCGCCGUUCCCCCAGUCCGGCUAUGACGAGCUGGACACCACCCUGCUGCAGCCCCGGCAGGACCACUACCGGAUCACGCCGUCGCCUGGCGCCGCCGGGGACCGCUACGAUCCAAUGACCAACCCGUGGAUUGACGACUCGGGAGAACCCUCCCAAAUGCCGCACGGAGAGGACCCCAAGUCCCUGUAUGGCUAUGCCCCGUCUCCCUACGGCUCGUCCUCCACCAACACCCACGCCGGCGCCCUCAUGGCUUUGUACGGCUCGAAUGGCCAGGAUAGGUUUGAAGACGCCCCCGGGGAGGAGGAGUUGAGGCGACGGUUGUCCCUGCACAACACUCCUGCCCCAGACACUCCCUCCAUCGAUGAUGACUCAAGGGGUAUGAGAUGGCGAGACCCAAACCUGACUGAAGUCAUUGGCUUCUUAUCAAACCCCAACAAUGUUAUCAAGGCCAAUGCAGCUGCUUACCUACAGCACUUGUGCUAUAUGGAUGAUCCAAACAAGCAAAAGACUCGAGCUCUAGGGGGCAUCCCACCCCUCGUUAAGCUUUUAAGUAACGAAAGCCCAGAUGUAUAUCGAAACGCUUGUGGUGCACUAAGAAACCUUUCAUAUGGCCGCCAAAAUGAUGAAAACAAGCGGGCCAUUAAAGCAGCGGGUGGCAUACCUGCUUUAAUGGGUUUGUUGCGUAAAUCACCUGAUGCUGAUGUCAAAGAGCUAGUUACGGGUGUUUUGUGGAACCUUUCAUCUUGUGAGGACCUCAAGAGAGCAAUUAUCGAUGAUGGUCUGGCCAUGGUGGUGACGCAUAUAAUCAUUCCACAUUCCGGAUGGGACCCCAAUGCUCCUGGUGACACAUGUUGGUCAACUGUAUUCCGCAAUGCGUCUGGUGUUUUAAGGAAUGUGAGCUCUGCUGGAGAGUAUGCCAGGCGAAAGCUGCGGGAAUGUGAUAAUUUGGUAGAUGCACUCAUAUAUGUUGUACGGACUUCUAUUGAUAAAGCUAACAUGGGCAACAAGAGUGUUGAAAAUUGUGUGUGCAUACUUCGUAAUUUAUCAUACCGGUGUCAAGAAGUUGAGGAUCCCCAGUAUGAUAAACAUCCACUCCCACAGCAGAGUCGCCUAGGAGCCCAACCAAAAGCUUACUCUCUAUGCCAAGGUGAAAAUUUAGGUUGCUUUGGAGCCAGUAAGAAGAAAAAGGAUGGUACAGGUGGAUCAGGGGGACUUGCUGGAAAUCAAUCGGAAUCUGCACACAGCAGUCGAAGUGCCUCCAGAAGUGCAGUUAUCAGGGGGACAGAACUCCUCUGGCAUCCAGAGGUUAUUCAACAUUACUUAGCCCUACUUCAGAGCUGCUCAAAUCCUGAAACUCUAGAGGCAGCUGCAGGUGCUAUCCAAAACUUAGCUGCUUGCUAUUGGCAACCUAGUAUUGAAAUUCGGGCAGCUGUACGGAAAGAGAAAGGAUUGCCUAUUUUAGUGGAGCUUCUAAGAAUGGAAGUUGACAGGGUUGUGUGUGCUGUUGCUACUGCCCUCCGAAACUUGGCCAUUGACCAACGCAACAAAGAAUUAAUUGGCAAAUAUGCAAUGAGAGACCUUGUUCAAAAGUUACCCUCGGGUAAUCCUCAGCAUGACCAAGGAACAUCAGAUGAUACAAUAGCAGCUGUUCUAGCCACAUUAAAUGAAGUUAUCAAGAAAAAUGCUGAAUUCUCUAGGUCAUUGUUGGAAGCUGGUGGUGUUGAGAGGCUCAUGAAUAUAACCCGUCAACGUCAAAAAUAUACUGCACGCGUACUUAAGUUUGCUGGGCAGGUCUUAUUCACCAUGUGGCAACACCAAGAACUUCGGGAAGUGUACAAGAAACAUGGAUGGAAAGAACAAGAUUUUGUUACAAAAACGGUGGCAGCUAGGAACGCAGCUGGUCCCAACUCGCCCAACAAUGCAAAUAGCACAUUGAACCGACCAAUGGCAAGUCAAGGUGGUACUCGAUACGAAGAUCGAACAAUCCAACGUGGCAGUGGGCAGAACAAUGCUGCUGGUGCUGCAGGUGGUGCUGCGGGUGCCGGCAUGCGUGGAGCGGGCGCAUAUUCAAGGGAGGAUAUUCCAAUGUCCGACAUGGCUUAUCCUGAUGGAACUCAUGCACCUCCUGUUGGCGGUGUUCGCAUCUACCCACCUGCACCGGGUGCCAAACCAGGGGAACCUCUCUAUGCUCAGGUCAAUAGAGAAAAGAAAAAAAAUCGCCAAUAUGAAGGAGGAGCAGCCCCUGGCCCUGGGGAUGUGUGGGGAUAUGAGGACCAACCUAAAGGUGCAGCGCCCUCGCUGGAUGGGUCAGGAGCACCCCCAGGAGGCGACUCAUGGGUAUGAGUCUCGCCAAAGUAAUCAAAGGAGAAACGAACACUGCCCCAUCCCUGUGUGAUCAUGGAACAUGAACUUCGCCACAUGAUGGAUGGAUGUUUUCCUAAUCAACUGACAUUCCCCCAGUUCUUGUGUACUGUUCAAGAAGAAGCUGAAGAAUCGAAGCUCAAAAUUUGACUGACUUCCUUUGUCAGUACGCAACACUUUGUAAGUUAUUACUGUCUAGGAAAUGCUGUACAUGUGAUGAUGUGCAAGUUGUAGUCAAUUUAUAUUUCAUGCGAAUUUUUUUAACAUGAAUGCUGUUUACAUUUAUAAUGUUUUAUUUGUGUCAGCAAGGAAACAGUUGAGAGCUAUUGCCCUGAUUUGAUCUAUUUUAAAUCUUUGUCUAAGUAUCAAUUGUAAAUCUUGUUACUAUUUUGAUUGUAUUGAAGUUAUUGCGACUCAGUUGUUGUUGUCAUCCCCUCGCCCCCCAAUACAAUUUUAGUGAGCUGUAUGAUCUCAUGCACACAUCUAAGUCUCACAUUAUAGUAGCUGAAAGUGAAGUUUGAAAGGAAGAGAGUAUCUGUGAUCACAUUUUAAAUGCCCUUUUUGUUUUCCUCAUUGCAAAUAUAUUAAAUGACUGGGUUGAGCUGUUAUUGGAGCUCAUUAUUUCAGGUUGUCCUUUUCCCCCCCUUUUUUUGCAUUGGUGUAUUCCUUGAAUCUAAGGCCCUAAUAACCUGAAGUCAUAUCUAUUUAUGCAUGUAAAAAUGAUAACUCCGCUCAACCCUUUAACAUUCAAAUGUCAUAUUGCAGACAUCUCAAACACUUCAUCUUAAUUUUAUGAUAUGGUUUACUUUUUUUUUCUCUUGAAGACAGACGGAAACUUUCAAGGCUUUGUACCAUCAAAUUGUUGUAUUAUGCUGGCUCUUUAUUGAUCUGCUUUGGGCUGUGGUCAGGCAGGUGUAGCCAAGUUAUGUGUUGAAUCUUUAGAUGGUUAAUUAUUAUAUUCACUUAUUGGAUACUGGCAAAUACGAAGCUAACAUUUGUAUAUAGGAACAUCAAAACUAUGUGCCAGCACUUUUCACACUACUGUAGGUAGAGCCUUUGUGUGCCAUGUGUGUGUGUGCAUGUGUAUGUGUAAAGUGUAUGUAUGUGGUGAUAAAGUGUCAGUGGUGUAUAUGUAGCAUAUGGUUGUGAGUGUGUGAGUGCGAAUAUUGCCUGCAGUGAGUAGAAAAAUUUUAUAAGCCACAGGCACUUAGCAGAAAUUUCACUGUUUGACUUAAUAGAUGGUCUGGUAUGUCAGUAUCUCAUUGUUUUGACAGCAAUUCAUUUAUUUGUUACUUUUGUACAGGACUGAAUGAUUUUAUGAUGGUGUAUGUGGUCUGUUUUGGUGCCCACUGGUUUGUUUAAUUUCUGCUUAUUUUAUGAGCACACCUUGCAUAUUUUAUGUUUUGUUGUUUUUUAAAACAUUUAUUUAAUAAUUUUAUCAACUGUUUAUUUAUGAGUCUAUGUGCAGCACUAUUUUGAAGAUUAAUUUUUUCAUACUCAUUUAGAUGUGUCACUGUUAGCAUUAACUUUUUAAAUGUUGAAACAAUUUGGGCUAGUUACUAUACUCACAUGACAGUUAUACCUGGACUGUCAGUUAGUCCUGUUAAUUCUUGGCAACAUUCCAAACCUUUAAUACAUAUUUCUAAACACAUGUUUUUGAAACUCUGUUUGCAUUGUGUCCCCUUACUUCCAAAAGCAUAUUUUAUACAUAUACAUGCCUCUUUGGUUUCAAGACCCUAAAUUUUGAUUGAAACUUUUGAAGGACUUCGUGUCUUUUUCACAUCCUGGUUGUAAAUUCAUAAUUUUGAGUGAUGAUAGCUUACAGGGUACUUUUCAUCUGUAAGUGCAACUGCUCAAAUGUAGUCAAAUUUUUGCGUGAGCUAGCUAUUCAGAAAGAAAUAAAAAUAAUUCAUAUCUAUAGGGAGCUCAGGAACAAAUCUUUUCGUUAUUUCUAAUUUGGCUCAUCUGUAGAAUUGUGCUGAGUUCCUUCAUGAUUCUUUUGCUCAUUUUGUUAAUAUUGAAGGACGAAAUCAAUUGUGUGUUCUUCAGAGUUUGAAAAUUGCCGUAAAAAGCUGGACAAAUAUGUAUUGUAGUCAUUCCUGUUGAUCUUACAGAACUGUUAACUGUCAUGGUGUUUAGCUCUAUUCAUGUUUAUUUUCAUUCCAAUUUUAUUGUGCUUCCCUCCCUUUUCACUUGUGUAAUACAUGUAAUAUUCAACAUGUAUGUGUAUACUUGAAUUUUCUGUACAUAACUUAAACAUACAUUGUAUGUGUUGAUGUUUGUGUUCAUUCAACUACAAGUUCAUUACAAGAUCAGCUUAAGCAUAACUUUGAAUGCCUCUCUUCAUUCUUAAGGCUUGUUCAUUUUUAUUGAGAGAAAUUAAUGGACAACCGGUUAGUUGAUCAAAAUCACUGCAUUGCUUCUAUGCCUGCCUUCAGAAUGGUUUAAAACAGUUUUCAAAUCAAUAUGAAAUGAGAAAUUGCCCUAUCUAUCGUGGUAGUGCUCAGUUCUGGAUUUUGAAUACAACUGACUAGUAUAAGCCAUUAACUUGUUCUACUUAACAUAUGUUUAACUUUCUUGUGAUUUCUUUUUUAAAUGUUAUAAGUCUCUUUAAACCAUAUAAUGCGUGCCACAUAAUGUCCUGAGAGAGACUGCUGCAAACCAUUGGGCGCCUGAACAUGCUGUGAAAUUCGAUAUGUUAAAAUCAAAGGGCAUUUAUUUUUAAUGUGAAGUUUAUUUGCUUUGAUCAUCUCACAUAUAUACUUAAAAGUUGUACGAAAUGAAAGAACUUUUUGUUUUAUAUUGUAAUAAAAUGUGUAUGAACGUUUAUUUCUCUCCUACUUUUUCUACAAUAUCAGAAUGCAUCAACUUGAACUCAAUGUUAUCAUUUAUAUUUUAAUUAUUGUAUGUACUGACAUUAUUUGUAAAAAUAAACCCUCAACUUGAUUUUA